UCCGCCUCUCUCACGUCACUCCGUCCUUCCCUCCAUCCGUGUGUGCGGAUAAUUAAACUCGUAUAUAUAUAUAACCUCAGCCCAACUAAACUCGCCUCCCUCCGUCCCUAUCCCAUCUACACGACUCGCCACACAUCUCGUGGACACACGUAUACCCAGCCUCCGCGUGUAUAGUGUGUGAGUGAUCAUGACGAGGUCGUGUAAGAAAGUGCGUCCGGCACCACCAAGGCUGCCACUACUGCUGGCUCUAGUAUCGUGUACCGUGCUAGCCGUCAGGUCUGUAGGUAUGCCGGAUGUUGGUGGCUACCUCACCGAUGAAUCAACACCAUCAAAACGAAACGGCGCAUGGUUUACAAGGCGAUCGGCUCCCUCCUAUCCUGACGACGAGAGCGCGCUGCUCGCCAUGGUUCAUGAAGGGAUGUCGGGAGCGGAGGAAUUUCUCAGUGAUGACCCUAUACACUCAAAACGAAACGGCGCGUGGUUCACAAAGAAAUCUGACCAGACGCAUAUCGGCCGAACCAGCCAACUAAUGGACGUCGUUAAUAAAG